UUAGCUAUAGUGUAAAGAGAUCGUGUUAGCUCUUCGUUAGAUUGGAAAGUCUCUUUUGUGAAAAUAUCGUUUUAUAUUUCCAUUGGCAAUGGUAUAAAGAAUUAGUUCUAUUUUCGCAUAUACAUUUUAUGGGUGCCUUGGUUUGGCAUGCUGCUUUAUAGGAAGUUCAGUUCCCUUCUGUGUGAUGAUCUGUUGAAUCGUAGUUAUGUUUAGUGGUGCCGUCAUUCAAAAAAUGACUUGACAUUCCCUAAUUCUGUUGCUUAUAGCUCUUUUGAAUCGUAGUAUUAGUUAUCUUUCUUGGUGCCAUGAUACAAUAAUGUUUUUACUAUUGCAGGCAGACUGUUUUAAUAUGUCAGAACAUUAAGCAGAAUAGUUGAGCUGUCAAAGAUAUUCAACCUGUGUUUUUCUCUACGGCAUUCACCUCCUCCUCUUGUUAUCCACAUAUCCGAAUCUUUUCUUUGGUUUGAGUGGAAUGACAAUUUUGUUAUCGUUGCCUUUUCUGAUUUGAGAGAGGUUAGCCUAUUGUAUUAAAUGCUUAAAACGAAAUUCUUUGAAUGAGAUGUGCAGGUAAUUAAGAGAAGUUUUGGAGGGAGAAGUGGAAGAUGAAAGGUUUGGUACCAAAAUUCCAUACAAAAUGUUUAGACUGAGCUCAGUGUAAUUAUAAAACUAACAUUACUGAGAGGGUAAGAGAAAAAAAAUCCGCGAAUAGUGUUCAGCAUUUCCUGAUUGUGCAGAAUUACAUAAGAAAAGUGUGAGUCCAUUAUUUUUUUUUUGUUGAAUCAAAACAAAUGAAAAGUACUGGGAAUCAAAUUUGGGAACACCGACAUCAAGAUAGAUAUUUUUUGUCUUUCUUGGACUCAAGGCAUGAAAAUGAUGCAGCUCUUUGUUCAAUAGUUGCUAUAUCCUGAUAUAACCAAUUUCAUUUCUGUCAUAUUGGUUUUAUUGGUAUGCGGGGGACAGUGGACGAUACCUUUACGACAUACAUUUUCUUUGGUAUUCAGGACAAGGCUUGGAAGUAUGCCAUCAGAAUCUGAUAAGUGGGGAUGGGAACAUGUUAGUGUGUUUGGUGGAUUUGACAGGGAAAGUGGUACAAAAAGGUGGAAAUGUAACCACUGUAAUCUACGAUAUAAUGGAUCUUAUUCACGUGUCAGGGCCCACCUUCUAGGCGUCUCAGGUGUUGGGGUCAAAAGUUGUCCUUCUAUCGACAGGUCUUUACGAGAAGCAUUUCAGGUCCUAGAAGAGGAGCGUGUUGCACAGAAGAAGAAAAAGAGCUGUGUCAUUGGGAAGCCUGGUAAACUUAUGCGGACUUCUCAGCCAACUCUUUCCUGGAAAACCAUCACAAGAGAAGAUGUAGAUGACAUAGUAGCUAGAUUUUUUUAUGCUGAUGGUUUAAAUAUUGAUAUCAUCAACUCUUCUUACUUUCGUGAAAUGGUGAAAGCAAUUGGUUCUUUUGGGUCUGGGUAUGAGCUCCCAUCAAUAGAUAAGCUGUCUGAUUCUUUUCUAAGCAAAGAGAAAGGGAGGAUUGAAAAAUCAGUAGCUCUAGUUAGGGAGUCCUGGCCACAUACGGGAUGCACAAUACUGUGUGCAGGUCGAUUAGAUGGUGCAUUAGGUAGCCUAAACAUCAGUAUAUUUGUCUCCAGCUCAAGGGGACUUGUAUUCUUAAAAGCAGUUGAUGUGGAUGAUACUGAUGAGGGAGAGCAUGUGUUUACUAGUGCUCUCACUGAUACAAUUAUGGAAGUUGGCCCCACAAAUGUUCUUCAGAUAGUCUCACAUCCAGGCGAUGCAUGCAAAUCAUCUGAAUCCUAUGUAUUGUCGAAGUUCCCUAAUAUAUUUUGGUCUCCUUGCACUUCACAUUCUGUGUUCAUGUUGAUGGAAGAAAUAGCUGAAGUGGAAUGGGUAAAACCUAUUGUCUUGCGUGCCAAGGCAAUUGAGGAAUGCAUGAUCACAUAUCAACACAAUUCAUCAUGUUCUUUUGGUCAAAAUUUGAAAGAGUUGUCUGAUCCAAUAUCUGCCAAAUUUGCACCUUCCUAUUGUUUUCUCCUGAGGGUCUUCGGGCUAAGGCAAUCACUUCAGGAUAUGGUUGUUAGUGAGGACUGGAAGCAAUGGAAGCAUAAUAUUGCAGAGGAUGUUGUAAAUGUGGAAUCUGCCAUUUUAGAUGACGGUUUCUGGAGAAAUGCUCAUUCGCUGUUGCAGUUGUAUGAGCCAUUUGUAAGGUUGCUUGCUACCAUGGAUAUUGGCAAAUCUGUUAUUGGGGCAGCUUAUGACUGGCGGUUUCAGGCACUUGAAGCCUUGAGGAGUCAGGCAAUUGAUGAUGGCAUAUUGAAUCAGUUAGAAAGGCUGGUUGAGAACAGGUGGGAUGUUCUAUUUUCCCCUCUUCACGCUGCAGGUUAUUUACUGAAUCCUAGAUAUAUUGGGAAGGGUCAAACAAAAGAUAAAUCUGUAAUGCGGGGCUGGAAAGCUACUCUAGAAAGAUACGAGGGUGAAAGCACAGCCAGGCGUGUUCUCAGAGAGCAGCUCAGCUCAUACUGGCGUCUGGAGGGAUCCUUGGGAGAGGAAGAUGCUGUGGAUUGCAGGGAUAAAAUGGACCCAGUUGCAUGGUGGGAAAACUUCGGUUUUGAAACACCCAGCUUGCAAACACUAGCCAUAAAGGUUCUGAGCCAGGUUUCAAGUGUUGCUAUGUUUGAGGAGAUUUGGCAAGCUAAUGACUUCUCAUGUCGAGAAGCAGCAGGCAGGUUGGGAGUGCAGAAAAUGGAAGAUCUUUUUUUCAUUCGCAACAAUCUCAGACUUCAUGGUCGAAUAAAUGGGAAUUUAUGCUUCUCAUUUGCCCAAAGAAACGCCUUUUCAAGCUCCUCUUCUGGAGUUAAGACACGGGAAGGUCUGCAUCUUGAUCAAUCUAAUGCGAUGGUAGAUAUCCAUGAAAAAUUAUAAUAAAGCUUUCUCCGCUUCUAAAUUGGGGCUGGACUCCGACCAAAGGCGUGCUUUUAUUAAUCAGCAGGUUGCAUUUCAGCUACCUGCAUUCACUGGACUUUGCUGUGCACUGAUCAGGAUGAUCCUUUUGAGGAAAAUCGAUUUCUGCUUGAAUCUCAAGAGUGGAGAGAUAAAUAAGAAAAGGAGAGAGUAACCAUUUAGACGUUUUACCCGUUUGGGAAUGGAGUCAGCUGCACAGUUGGCAGCAUUCCCAAACAAAGCCAAGUUGGUGAAUCCAGAAAAAAGAAGAAGAAGAACAGAAAAUGCCUUCAGGUCUAAGCAUAAAAGAAGCAUACUUUCUGUCCUAUUUACUCGAUGGUGAACCUCUUGGACCAGCCCUCACCCAGGAUUUAUGCCCUUUGAUGUACGAAAGAAGAAUAAGUGGAAUGGAGCAGCAAGAAGAGGUCUCUGUAUUAAUUUGUAUUUGUUGGAUUCGAGAACAUUAAAACAUAUUUGACUCUCGACCCCAUUGAUCUACACAACAUAAAUCACGGUGCCUCAGGUGUAUUGAUCUUGUUCUUUAUGA